AUGUUCUGUAAAUCUGCCGGUAAACAUUUGCCGGAAUCCGACGACGAAACUCUCUUCUCCACCAUGACUUCGAGGAAAUCAAGCUUUCGCGCCGUAAUAUUCGAUAUUGGAGGGGUGGUGAUCACCUCUCCGCUUAUAGCCAUAAGCGCAUAUGAGCGCGAACGAGGGUUCCCCAAGGACUGGAUCAAUGUCCUGAUCACUGGGCAUGGCUCCAAAGGAGCAUGGCAGAGGUUUGAGCGAGGGGAAAUAGAUCUUCGCACAUUCUACACGGGCUUCAGCAAAGAAUUAUCAGACGUAGGAAAGGGCAAGGUCUUGUACAACGAUUAUUGCAAGAAACGCGCUAUAGCAUUUCCAUCACUUCCACCCGAGUCUCAGAUGCGCAUUGACGGACGAGAG